AUGUCUGGCCAGGAAUACGUCGACGUCUCGACGAUCGGCAUCGACGAUGCGCCCGUGAUGCCCUCGCCUCUGCCCGUGUCGUCCGACAGCGCUACGGUCAGCUACUGGAUGGCCACCACGCCCAAGCACCACCUCCCGGCAUCGCUCGAAGCGCCACCCGCCAAGUCGGACGUCGUCAUCAUCGGUUCGGGCAUCACGGGCGUCUCUUGCGCAUACCACCUCAUCAACUCGCUCUCGGAAUCCAACCGCCCCAUCUCCUCCAUCACCAUCGUCGAGGCUCGGCAGUUCUGCACAGGCGCAACAGGUCGCAAUGGCGGCCACCUCACCACCGCCUCGGCGCUUUCGUACGAUGACAUCGCCGCCAACCCCGCCCACCUACUCGGCGAGGACCUCGGCAGUCUUGGUGAUGAUGUUGUCCGCCGCAAGACAGGCGACGCUGUCCGCGAUAUCUUGAACUUUGAGACGGCGACGGCGGAUGCGAUCCGCGGGAUCAUUGCAGAUGAAAAGGCCGAGGAGCAAGUGGGAUUCACCGACGACGCCAACUGGCACGUCUGCGUUGAGCAGGCCGAGAUCGACGCGUACGAAGCAGCGUUGUGCCAUGCUGCCGAGCAUGCUGAUCUCAAGGGCUAUGUCGAUCGCGUCCGUCGCGUGCCUAAGGACGAAGUGGACAGACGCAUGCACAACCCCGCGCACAUCAAGGCGGUGUACGAGAUUCCCGGCGCAACCCUGCAUCCUCGCAACCUGGUCGCGCUCAUCUACGCGCGUGCACUGCGUCGUGCCACCCACCACGGCGUAACGCUCAACCUCAUAACCGAGUGUCCGGUUACCAGCAUUCGCGCUGCUUCAUCUACAUUGGUGCUGGCGACGCCCAAGGGCGAGAUCACCGCUUCGUAUGUCGUCCACGCUACCAACGGGUAUGCGUCGCACCUGCUCCCGCAACUCGCCAAUCCCGCACGAGGUGGAAUUACGCCUACACGCGCGCAGGUCGUAGCGGUACCUCCAAAAGCCAAGGCGCAUCUAUGGGGGAUGGCGCUCAGCUCAAGCGAAGGUUUCAAUUACGGCCAUCAACGCCCGCGCUCCGAACACGAACCCCCAUCAGCCGAUGGGCCUCUGUACAUCAUGGGUGGUGGACGCCAAGUCGCCACCGGCAGAGAGUGGGGGAUCGCCGACGACUCGUCCCUCAGCAAGGAAGUCUCGACUUUCCUGCACCCGUUCCUCGCCAACAUCUUUCCGGGAUCGUAUGGCACCGAUGUGCACUCGGAAUGGACCGGCAUCAUGGGGUAUACAAAGUCAAAAGACCCGUUGGUGGGGCCAGUACCCGGCUGCAAGCAGGGAGCUAGACAUGGCCUAAGGCAUAAAGCCGACCAAAGUCGUUUCACAUCCUCGACGAUCCGCCUUGUCAACUCUCCAGCCAUGCUUCGUCUGUCGGUAUCCCUCCUUGUGCUACUUCUGUGCACGCUGGUGCGUAGCUUCACGCACGCGCCUCGGCACCUCUCUCGUCGAGCACCCAGCACGGCAUGCUACUCCCCUCCUCCUCCACCCACUCCCGACCCGAAAAGCUUCGAAGACCUCUGCGGCGAGAAGAGCGACCUCAAGCAUCCGUGCUUCGUCCACUGGGCUGGUUCGCUCGACUACGUCAACAUCGUUCCCUUCCUUGAGCCAGUUGAUGUGCUCAGCGAGAUCGUCGUCAAAAACGAUGCCCUCACAGAGUUCACCAUUCGCAACGCAAGCGAUGCAUUCAUGAUCACCUACCGAGACGCUGGUAGGGUCAGCUUUAUCUAUUCGAACUUUGCUAAUGGGUGCUACAAUGUUACGCUCGUCCAGGGAGACAGCGAGAAUUGGAGGAUCUGGUUUGCCGAUGACACCGGAAACGACAGAGAUGUCGAUACGCUCAACCAGCGACUUACCGGCAAGCGCGUCUGCGAUAAGUGGGGUCAUAUCCAUGUCAAGGACGAUUCGCAUUGGUACAAUCAGAAGCGCUAG